CCACCGUCCCUAGAAACGUGUGCGAGUUCCAAGUGCGUCGCCUUUCUGCCCGGACCCUCCGAGCACGUUUUUUCUCUCUCCCUCGUCGUUCCUUUCGAUCGUCCGCAGACGUCUUCCGCGUGUGCGUUUCCAAUUUUCAGCCCUUGUUUUUGCGAUUUGCACAACACUACAAAUCACUGUUAUAAUAUUGUUAUUUGUAUUAUUAAUAUUAAUUACAUUUUUAUCGAGUACCAACCUAAUAAUUCAUACGGUUCKUCGUCUAAAGAAGCCGUGGAAAUGAACGACUUUCGUGAAAUCCCUGAAAACGAAACGAAUCACCAGAAAAUAGAACUUUAAAAACCGUAAGCCAUACGAUAUUCUAACACCACAACCAUCCAUCCGUCGUCGUUCUCGUUGUCACCGUCACAACCUUUUAUACGACAAAAUUAUUCAGAUUGAAUAGAAAACCCGUCGAAUCCACAGAUAUCCACUUGAUUUACUUCGGUCCCCAAUGGCGGACCGRCGAGUGACGUGGUACGUGGCCACGCUGUCAGCAAUAAUAAUUUCCGUCGCUGCUGGAAUAGGUAGUAAUAAAGGUGGUCUCAUAUUGUCAAAAUUAGUCAUACCUCAGUGGGCAGACUUGAGGAGUUCGGUGACGCUUUAUUGCCAGUUUGACACGGGCGGUGACAGUCUGUACUCAGUGAAAUGGUACAAGGACGAUCACGAAUUCUUCCGAUACACGCCYGGAUUGAAUCCACAGACGCUUGUGUUCGACGUGGACGGCGUAAACGUGGACGAGAGUAAGUCAUCUGCUAGUGAAGUGACUCUGUAUCCGUUGACCAGGACGAGCAACGGCAAUUACAAGUGUGAAGUAUCUACGGAUGCUCCAAAUUUCCCAACGGUUGUUGAAGACGCCAAUAUGUCAGUCAUCGCAUUUCCUGAUGAUGGUCCGAGGAUAGAAGGACUCCGGCCAUUAUACUCAGUAGGUGAAUUCUUGGAAGCCAACUGUACAGCAAAAAUGACAUUUCCCCUAGCACAGGUCACUUGGUUCAUUAACAACUUGGAGGUGGACAGUUACCUGCUCGARCGUUAUACUCCUGAAGUAUCUGAAGGCCCGUUCUACAACUCCACGUUGGGACUGCGGUUUCCACUCAAAAAGGAAUGGGUAGACAUGAACAAAAAACUUAUGUACGUAAAAUGUACUGCAAAGGUGGCUGGAGCUGAAGCCAAGUCAGACGAGUUGAGUGURCGGCUGCGACUCGUUCCCGAUCAAACAUUAUCGCAAGAGAGGCACAUUCUUAAUGCUGGUAAAUAA